AUGUGUUGUCCUCUGACGAAUCUGAGACACCUGAAACAACGACUGAGCGAUCAUCUAUUCCACUUGUUAUUAAUGACAGUAUUAAUACUGAUUGAUUCAAAUUCGACUUUCAACCAAACACUUCGUCUACCCCAAAGAAAACUUCUUUUACCACCUACAAAUCAAACUUCUCAUGCUGUUCGCGUCGAUACGGCGAGUGUCGUUUUAAAUCAAGCAUCUGAAAGUGAGGACACUGUAGUUUCAAUAAGAGUCCAAUGGAAAAGCCAAACAAGCAAUAAAAUUUUACCUGCCGAUCUUUGCUCUCUUGGAAAAAUGAUGUGUCGCGGUACAUAUGCUCAAAUUGCCAGGGCAGCUUGGAAACAUGCAAAAGUCCAAGAACAAUUGAUUUUAUUAUUUUUAAAGGAGAUCGAUAAAGUAUGUUCUAAUUUAUGUGCUUCAAAAUAUCCAAGUAUUUUGCAUUUGACAGACAAGGAGAACAUUCUUGAGUUUACUCCAAAAAAGUUUGAGAAAGAAUUAAAGGAACGUACAGCACUGUUACAAAGUGUUUUGUCGACUGCUUCAGUAUGCAGAAGAAGAUCAAAUACAUCUACUUCUGAUCUUUACUGCAUCCCAGCUGUUUGUAUGGCAUCAGCAGUCUGUCUAAAGAAUAGAUGUCCCCAAAUGACAGCAGUACAGCUUUUGAAUACCAUAUUUAUUCAGCAUUCAGGUUUGAUGGUAAGUUGAUACACAGAUGAUAUAGUUAUGUAUCUUACUCUAUAUGUAUUUAUAAGGGCUCAAUUCUGAAGUUGAUGUGUACUAUGAAAUUUCAAAGUAGUCCAUUGUCUGGUGUGAUGCCCAUGCCAUUUUAUUAUAUAGUUUCAUCAUGUUUGUUCAAACUCACCCCCCCCCCCCCCAGUUCGGAGGGGGUAAAAAUUUGUUUGUGACAAUUGUAAGUGUAUUAGGACAUCCAAAGGGGCAGGGGGUUAAACCCAUGAAGCAGCAAUGCACCCAAAUGCACCAUACUUUAUUCUUUUACCUUGUCUAACACCAAAUUAUUAUACUCAUCAAAGGGAGAGUCUUGCACUUUAAUUAAUGGGUUAACUUUCACUUUCAUAUGUGGGGGGAAGUAUGGAUCUUUACCAGAAUGACCCUGUUGCUGCCAUAGCAACAGUUAAUUAGAAAUUUAAAUUUGUUCAGUAUAUAUAUUGUAAUUCAAAAUUUUUAGGUUAGUCUUGACAACGUUUUUAACCGUUUAAAACUAAGGUUAAAAUAUAAAUAAAAAUGCUUUUAAAACAAGUCGAGGAAUGGUGAAUGUAUUUGUUUAUUAUAUCCAUGUCCUUAAUAUCAUUUAAUUGUACGGACAGACCCAAUGUGAAAACAACUGAAUUUAAUGCAUUUAUUAUUUUAGUCGACUCUGUGUCGACUCAGGGUUCGUCAGUUGGCUGUGUCCCAUACCUUCUUGUACAAGAAAUUAAAUGAAUAUGGGGAAAAACACAAUGAAAAAAUUCUGGAAAAGGUUGUUAUUGAAGGAAAGAGAUUGAAAGCAGAAAUCGCUCAGAAAAAUGACGAGAUUGAUGAAAGAGAUAGCGGGAUUGUGCAUGCAGCUACAGAGGCAACUGAACCAGACAUUGAUAAAUUGUUUUUGAUAACUUUGACUUUAAACAAAAUGUGCAUCAUAUGA